AUGAAUAAACUGGACAUCAAAGGAUGGGCGGCUUUCAGGAACAUAUUGGCUGAGAUCCUUGAAGCAUCAGGGCUUAUGGUGCCGAAUCAGAAGCCUUCUGAUGCAGAGGAACAUCUGGUUGGAGUUUCAGAUGAUGUGGGCGUUGGAUUUAUACAUGACCAUGGUAACCAACCCUCCUCUUCUACUUUUGAUCGAGCAACUGACUCGACAGGCCAGGAUGAAACCGGUGUUUCUAAGGUAAUCAGAUCUGACCAGAAACGGUUCUUCUUUGAUCUUGGGAAUAAUAACAGGGGCCAUUUCCUGAGGAUAUCUGAGGUCCUCAAUGAGCUUGAAUUGGUGAGCAAGACGUUGCAAGUGGAGCAAAAGCUAUUCUACUUAGAUCUCAAGGAGAAUCCUCGCGGGAAGUACCUGAAGAUAUCGGAGAAGACGUCAGGUUCGAGGUCAACUAUCAUCGUUCCUUCCUCCGGCAUCUCCUGGUUCCUCGAUCUCUUCAAUUACUAUGUCCGACGAGCACGAGAGCAAAGAGUUGCAGCUUGA